GUAUUUCAAAAAGGGGUGUCAUUUCAAAUAAAAUUUAAAAUGAUAUCAAAUUGAAAACUUUUCUUUUUAUUGGCUGUGUAUACAUCUCAUCUAUGCACAGCUCAAGAGAUUUUAGAAUUUUUUCGUAAAAUAAUGCCUCUGCAGCUGUUUAUCGCAUGAAAAGUGGCAAAAAUUUCAUGGAGUUUUGGUGUCGGAUGGAAAUUGUUAAAUUUGUCAGAAUUUUUUUGAGAAUAAAUUUUUUAAAGUUUUCCAAGUUCAGUUCUACUAAGAUAUGCAAGAUAUAAUUUUGGAUCAAUAAAACCUUGUGGCACUAUGUAUAUUAAUACCACAAAAUUUGCAUAAUUAAUGCGAUAUACAUCAAUUUUCCAUUUUUUGUUGCAAAAAGUUUGUUAGAAACUCACCAGUUUAUUGGAAAAAAUUUAAAACCUGCUUAACUAUGAAAGAUAAUUACAAACUCAAUCUAAGUUAUUAUAAAAUGGUUAUAAACCCUCUACACCAGAAAUGGCUUAAUGACAAAUAAUUCCGUCCGACACAAAAACUAUUUCCGUCCGACACCAAAAUGAAUCAAGUCACUCUGAAGUACAAUUUGCAGUAGGGAUUUGAGUCUUCUUCAUCACAAGGUGAGUACAAACAAUUAGUUUUGGUAUUAUGCAAUAGGUGUCAGUUCACUAAUUUGUCAAUAGGUGGCAGGAUUUUGUUUACUAAAACAAAGGACAAAGAUGUCAAAUCAUCAGUGGAUUUGAAUCAUGAAUUUUUUUAAUUCAGCAUCAUCAGCCAGCUGAAAAUUAGAAAUAAAAACCAUGGGCCGUCCACGCAAAGAAAAUAAAAUAUCCAAUGCUGAAAAGUGCAAGCGAUAUCGAGAAAAACAAGACUCAGGAGAACGUAAAGAAAAAGAUCGAAUUCGAAAACAAAAAUCUCGAAGUGCUAUGAAACAAGCUGAAAAUGCUCAAAAGCGCAGGCAGCAGUUGAAAACGGAUCGAGAGCGAAAGAAAAAGAACAAUACUGAUACACCAUACACGACUAAGUCUGCACGAGCAAGGUCACUAAAAAGGGCAAAGGACAGUUUACCUAAGGACAACAACCAGAUGAUGGACAUUAUUUCUGGUAUCCUUCAUGAUCUGACCCCAAAGAAAAAAGCCACCGUUUUGUCAAACGUUAAAACCAUUCCAAAGCAGAAAUCUCCAGGCCGACCCCUGGCCUUGGAUGCAGAGAAAAGGGACUUUGUAAUUUCCUUUUUGGAGAGAGAAGAUAUAAGCUAUACGAUGCCCGGACAGAAGGACCAGGUUUAUACUGGAAAAGACACCAUGGGAAAUAGCUGUUACAAGACAAAGCACUACUUAUUUUGGACUUUAAAUGAGCUGGUGCAAAUUCUAAAUGCAGACUCCUACAAGGAUAAAUUUGGGGAAGAAAUUAAGUUUUCCACACUACAUAGGUUGAUCAAGGCAACCAAGCAUGUUCUAUACCAGCAAGAUAUCCCACACCAGUCAUGUCUGUGUGACAGAUGUGAAAAUCUUGAACUCCUUAUUCAGGGCAUAAAUGCUAGUAGGCCUAGAUUUGCAGAAGCACAAUCAGUGUCAGAGACCAAGCUUCCAAGUAACUGUCAUGAUCUGUUCAAACUGGUAACAUGCUCCAUUGAUGACAUAAGCUGUGCAACUGGUCAGUGCACUAAAUGUCCAGUUAUUGAUGUCGGGUCUAUAAGAGAAGUAGAUUUCAUCUCAUUUUUCCAGUGGGAAAAAAACGCAGGGACAAAGUAUCCUGAAAAAGUAGGUCAUCGUCUCUCUGGUAGUGAAUGUGUAGACCUCUUGAAAGAACAGAUCAGUGAUGUGAAAUAUCACUAUUUUCUGAAGAGAAACCAACAUGCCGCCUUUCGAGCUCAGAAGGAAAGCUUGAAAGCCAAUGAAAUCAUCAUCCACAUUGAUUUCUCUGAAAACUAUGAUAAUAGACAGCAAAAUGCUGUUCAGAGUGCCUAUUUUGGCUGCCAGUCAUACACCCUAUACACAGCCUGUGUUUAUCGCAAGGUUGGUGCAGGCUUGAUUUGUGACAAUUAUGUCCUUGUCACUUCCUCAGGUGAACACUCCAGAACAGUAGCAUUCAACUUAAAUAAAUACCUUUUAGAACUGACCGUACAGAAGGGACAGGCCUUUGACACAGUCUACUUCUGGUCGGAUGGGUGCGCAGCACAAUUUAAAAGCAAACAUUGCUUUCAUCAGCUGAUCAAAUUCAAUGACAACCUGAAGGUGUGCUGGCAUUAUUUUGAGAGCCACCAUGGUAAGGGCUCUGUCGAUGGGCUUGGUGGUUGUGUCAAAAACACAGUGUUUAGAAAGGUGAAGGCCAAUCAAGUGGUAAUCAGUUCUGCUAAGCAGUUUGCAGAUUUUGCAAAUGCCACUGUGUCAAACAUAAAUGUGAUCCAUGUCGGUGAGGAGAGAUUUGAAUCAGUUAUAGAUUGUGAUUUAUCUAAACCAGUGGAGGGUACGUUGAAAGUCAGAUAUGUGGAAAGAUGCUCCACAAACCUGGGGUAUGUCCUUAAGUUUUAUGUCGCAUCCCCUCUACCUGAGGCAUCAGAUAUUGUCCCGCCAUUUCAGAAAGUUGAAUACUUGUCCGAUUGUCAGGACGUAGUAGAAGAGGUAUUGGGCCUAGAACCCCCCAUCUUUGACAUGGUAGAAAUAGGUCAGUGGUAUGUUUCAUAUUGCCAUGAAUACAAUUAUUGGUUUGUAGGCCUUGUUUCAAGAACCAACAUGACUGGACCUACAGGCCAAAUACAGAUGACAUUCCUAGAACAGGACAAGCCCGGCGUGAACAGAUUUCGAAACAAAAGUGACUUCGACACGGUUAAACUUGGGGACAUUUUCCACAAGCUCCAUGAUGAGCCCAUGAAUAUUGGCUCAUCCACCCGCAUCACAUUCAUGUCACUAUCUGAAAAGGAUUUUGAAGAAAUCACAACAUUGUUUGCCAGGCACUACCUUAGGCCAUGAACAAUGACAAAGGUUGUAAAUUUGUCUGUCUAGUCUCAGGGUUGAAUUUCAUGGACAAUAUGACAUAAGGUUGUAAAUUUGUCUGUCCAGUCUCAGAGUUGAAUUCCAUGGACAAUAUGACAUAAGGUUGUAAAUUUGUCUGUCCAGUCUCAGAGUUGAAUUCCAUGGACAAUAUGACAAAGGUAGUAAAUUUGUCUGUCCAGUC